AUGCUUGGAAGCCUACAAACUGCCAUGCUUGGAAGCAUCCGAGCAAAGCCACCCCUCCAUGCCCGCACCACCACCUCCUCCGGCGCCGCCCGAACCUCGCAAACACCGGCCGAGACACCCUCGGACGCGCCUGAUAUCAUCGUACAACAGGAAACUCACGCCGACGUCUCCCUCUCGGGUUACGUCGCCUACAACCAAGUAACUCACCAUCCUCUGCCCCAUCCCGUGACGGCCGUCCUCACCCGGCGGACGCUCGCUGUCAAUCGACACGAUCUACCCUUCCCUGCAGUCCAUCACGUCUUUCUCGAGAUACUACCUCAGCAACGUGAACAGCCCUCUCUGUUUAUUCUCAACGUGUACAACCCCCCUCGCUCCACUGAAGAUGCGUCUCUCCUAGCCUUGCUCCGUGCCGCUGCAGCGAAAGCAGCCAAAUCACCCCUUCUUAUUCUCGGCGACUUCAACGUCAAGCAUCCGGACUGGGGUUACUCGAAGGCAGAUGGCCCCGGAAGGAGGCUGUGGCAGCUCGCUCACGACCUUAACCUUUCCCUGCUCACCGACCCCACGCAACCAACGCGCAUCGGCAACAGUGUGUGCCGCGAUACCACCCCGGACCUCAGCUUCUGCCGCAGCGUGCGCGACGCGCGCUGGUCUAACACGCAUCAGUCCCUCGCCAGUGACCAGUAUGUCCUCACCAUUCAAGUUCUCACCUCCCCCAGCAAGCCGCGCCCACACAGGGCCCGCUAUACAGACUGGGACGCUUUCCGAGAACGCCGGUUGCACUCCGCCACUUCCAACAUCGAGGACCUCUCGACGUGGACCGACCAGCUGCUAGUGGACCUCGACGCAGUCACCGCCUCGAUCCCCACCACGGAGGACCAUCCGGCAACUGACGCCCGUCUUGCCCACCUGUGGGCCGCCCGCACCGGCCUUUGCAACCGUUGGCAGAAGCAACGUCACAACCGUCGCUUACGCCGCCGCAUCGCGCACCUCGAUCGUACGAUCGAGCAACACACCACCGCGCUCGCCCGCCAACAGUGGGAGCAGCUCUGCUCGGGUCUCUCUGGUCAGUUGGGCUGCAAACAGUCCUGGCAUCUCCUCCGCCACCUCCUCGACCCUGCUUCCGCCAAGUCGGUGGCUCGGCAGCAGUUACAACGAGUGGUCCGGGCUUACCCCGGCGACACUCCGUCGCUGAUGGCAGACCUGUCCGCCAAAUACCUUCAGCUUCUGCCUCCUGGCACACCUCCUCCCCCUCUCGCGUCCUACUCUGGGGCCCCCAACCCAGUACUGGACGCCGAUAUCACGGAAGCGGAGGUCUACGCGGCAUUACAGAAGCUCCGCACCACUUCCGCCCCCGGCCCAGAUCGCAUCCCCAACAAGCUCCUCCGAAACCUCGACGCCCCUUCGGUUGCUACCCUCACUUCGUUCCUCAACGAGUGCUGGCGCUCCGCAACCUCCCCCAAUCAUGGAAACACGCUCGCGUGGCUUUCAUCCCCAAGCCGGGCAAGAAACUCACAAUCGAGAAUCUCAGGCCCAUUUCACUCACCUCGUGCGUCGGCAAGCUUCUAG